UAAAGGAAGAUAAAUAUAAAUAAAUAAAGCUGUUAAUAAAGUUUUCAGAAGACACAAGAUUCAGUGGAGGAGAGAGAAAGAGAGAUGUUGGCAGUAGUCGGAGGAGAAGGUGCGAUAAUGGAGCAGGAAUUUGAUUCAAAGUUGAGGAUUCAAGAUGAUUCAUCCAAUAAUGGCGGCCGAGGCGCUGCCGGAGGUGGUCUUGGCGGUGUUCAAAGAAGUAAAAGCUUUCAAUUUAGGGCUCCUCAGGAGAAUUUCACCGUUGAAGAUUUUGAAUUAGGGAAGAUCUAUGGUGUUGGUUCAUAUUCUAAGGUGGUGCGGGCAAGGAAGAAAGAUACAGGGGUUAUCUAUGCCUUGAAGAUUAUGGAUAAGAAGUUCAUCACUAAGGAAAAUAAAACUUCUUAUGUGAAGUUGGAAAGAAUAGUUCUUGAUCAAUUAGAUCAUCCUGGCAUUGUGCGACUAUUCUUUACUUUUCAGGAUACUUUUUCUUUAUGUAGGGUAUUUUUGUCUAUUCAUUAUCUUUCAGUAAUGUGGCCCUUUCUCUCUCUCUUUUUUUUUUUCAAAUCUUUGUUAAACUUGUUUCUUGGUGAUGAAGAUAUGGCUCUUGAAUCAUGUGAAGGUGGGGAGCUUUUUGACCAGAUAACCAGGAAAGGUCGUUUGUCCGAGGCUGAAGCUCGCUUUUAUGCUGCAGAAGUUGUGGACGCACUGGAGUAUAUACAUGGUUUGGGUUUGAUACAUCGUGACAUUAAGCCAGAGAACUUGCUGCUUACCUCAGAUGGUCACAUUAAGAUUGCUGAUUUUGGCAGUGUGAAACCUAUGCAAGAUAGCAGCAUAACAGUCCUUCCAAAUGCUGCAUCAGAUGACAAAGCUUGCACUUUUGUGGGAACGGCCGCAUAUGUCCCUCCAGAAGUCCUAAAUUCUUCACCUGCAACAUUUGGGUAUGUGGAUAACAUGUUGAUGAACAAGGGAAAAGCAAGUUUGUGGAAUGGACUUAGAAGCAACUUCUUGCAACUAAACGAUCUUUGGGCGCUUGGUUGCACCUUGUAUCAGAUGCUUUCAGGGACAUCUCCAUUCAAAGAUGCAAGUGAGUGGUUGAUUUUCCAAAAAAUUAUCGCAAGAGAGCUUAAGCUUCCAGAUUAUUUUUCAGAGGAGGCGAAGGACCUCAUUGAUCGUUUAUUGUCCGUAGAUCCUAGCAAAAGACCUGGUGCUGGACCAGAGGGAUAUGCUGCAUUAAAAAAUCAUCCUUUUUUCCGUGGAGUUGACUGGGCUAACUUGAGAGACAUUCCCUCUCCAAAACUUGUCAGGGAACCUACGGGUAAUUAUGGCGGUGUCGACAAUUCACAGGAUCCUUGGAAUUGCACACAUAUUGGAGAUAGUGCUGUAAAGCAAAUUGAUGUGAAUGGUGGUACCUCAUCAUUUACAGAAGGAGCGGGUCACGUAACAAGGCUUGCAUCAAUUGACUCUUUCGAUUCAAAAUGGCAACAAUUCUUGGAACCUGGUGAAUCUGUUCUCAUGAUCUCUAUGGUGAAGAAAAUGCAGAAGUUGUCUAGCAAGAAGGUGCAGCUUAUUCUUACCAACAAACCAAAGUUGAUCUACGUGGACCCGUCAAAACUGGUAGUGAAGGGGAACAUAAUUUGGUCUGAUAAUCAGAAUGAUCUUAAUGUCCAAGUUUCUAGUCCCUCUCACUUUAAGAUAUGCACUCCCAAGAAGGUUAUGUCAUUUGAAGAUCCCAAGCAGAGAGCGUGGCAGUGGAAGAAAGCCAUUGAAGGGCUUCAGAACCGUUGAUUUUUUUUAUUUUUUAUUUUUUAUUUUUUUUUUUAACAGCGAUACUUUUUUGUUACUUCUGAAUAUAGUGUAAUUGAAAAUUCACAGAAAUCUGGGGAUUUCAAGAAAGAUUUUAGUUGAAUAGAAAGUUAUCACAUUGCAGGAUUUGGUAGUCUCAAGGCAUAAUGCCGAUGCCCGACUCACCAAUAUAUAUAUUUUUUGCUUUUGAGGCAAUUGUAGCAUAAU